UUGAUAACACUGCAGGAACAUUACGUAUCAAUAAAACAGUAAUUAUUUACACUGGAGAGCUGAAACAACCCGCGGAAGGUUUUCCACCCACUGACAAGGGGGCUAAGAUGACUUCAGCUGUGGCCAACAGAGCAGUAGGAGCCAUUGUUGGAUCAGCUGUUGCAGAUGCUGCAGCUCAGCCCCUCCACUGGGUGUAUGAUCUCCAGAAACUGAAGGGGAUCUUGGCUCAGGAUCCAAACCCGGAGUUCCGUUCCGAGUCGGCCAAUCCCUUCUACCGGAGGCAGACGGGCCAGCAGAGCUGCUACGGAGACCAGGCGUAUGUGCUGCUGGAGUCCCUUUCAGAGUGUGGAGGUCUGAAUGUUGAUGAUCUGAAGCAGCUGACACUGAAAUUCUUUGGACCAGGGUCAGAGUAUGACACGCCGGUCAAUGAUCCGUACCGAGACCGGAAUGGCCCAAGACCUCAGCUGCCGAUUGAAGGACCAUGGAGACAAGCAAGCUUGAAGAGUUUCUUAAAGAAUGUCGAUGCGGGCAAAGAGGAGACAGGCUGUGAGACGGACUGUCAGAUUGACGGCAUAGCCAAGCUGGCUCCUAUAGUGGCUUUUUACGCCGGACAACCGGACAUGCUGGAAAAAGUUGAACAGGCCAUCCGAGUCACCCAGAACAACGACGAAUGUGUCGCUGAAACUCUGGCGGCCGCAAGGUUUCUGGAGCAUUUUAUCCUGACUGGUCCAGACCCAAAUGUGCUGGAUGUAGUGCUAAAUCAGCUCAGUGACCCCAGCAGAAAGCAGCCACAGGACUUGGACAAAGCAGUGAUCGGGCACAUUCAUCAAGUGAAGGAGAAUUUGUCGAAGCGUCCACAGGAACUGAUCCCCGCUGUGUUUCCCAACACAUGAGGUUUGCCAGGUGCAUUCCAGGCAGCGCUGCAUGGAGUCCUGACAGCCGAGCACUUUGAGGCGGCCAUCAGAGACACCAUGAGCUGUGGAGGGUGCACCUGCAGCAGAGCCUCCUUCAUCGGAGCAUGCGUUGGAGCCCAGAUUGGGCUUGAAGGAAUCCCAGCUUCGUGGCUUAGCAAAACCUCACGAUCCAACUCCGUGCUGGCGCACGCCAAGAAGAUCGCCAGCCACCACCUGUAAGAUUGCAGUUCGCAGCAUGAGGCGGACGAGAGCGUUGUGAAAAACUGUUGGACUUUUGCAGAGCUGCUAAUGAAGGCUUUUGUCUAAACUUAGGUGUGACAUGAGCCAGAUGUUUUUGUCUCUGUAAAAGUUGAACAUGUUGAGUUCAGAUGUUCCGGAAAAGAGUUUUAUUUUUCUUCACCAAAGUCUUUUCUAAGUAUUGAUUUAAAGCUUGAUCAGGAACUGUCUACUAUUGUUGAAAAUAACUCUUGUGUAGGCCACCAUUCAGUUUUUUUUUUUAUUUUUUUUUUUAUCUUUGAUUUAAGGACAUGUAACCAGAUUGAUUAAAUACAACUGUCAUUAAUUAAAGCUUAUUAAUGACAAUUAAUUAUUUCUUCAGGUUAUUAUGUGUAGCCUAACUAAAUUAAACUGUGACUACUUAAAUCAUCAAUGUAAACAGAAGAAACCACUGCAGAUCUAACUGCAGCUAACUGAGGCUUGAAUGAACGACCUUUGAUGAUGUUAGCUGUACAUAUUUUUGUCUGUUAGAUUUUGCCGUAUUUUGUGUGAAUUUUCAAAUGCCUUAUAAUAGAGACAUGGAAGAAAUGUCUGCAAACAGACUUUCUGCUGCAAAUCUGUUAACAGUCUUUGUCAUUACUGGACAUAACAUUUCACAUAAUCAAAAAAUCAUAGAAAUAAACAAU